AGAUGUUGACAAAGGCAAAGGUGAUCUCAGAAACAUUAUUGGAGUUAUUCUUCAGAAAAAUGACGAAUCAAUAUUGCAGAUCAGAAUUCGGCAUUUGCAAUCAAACUUUUUUAGAGGUAGCAGAUGUAAACCAAGGCUCUGAAAUAUCGUUAAGGACUGCAGCUACGAAACAUUCAGUUGGAUCAGGCCAAGGUUUUGUGAGAUGCAGCUGCUACAAAAACUGUUCCACAAACAGAUGCCAGUGCAAGAAGGCACUCAUACUCUGCAAUUCUAAGUGCCACCAAAGUAAACCAUGUAAAAAUAAAUAACAAUUUUAAUAAUUGAGAUAUGAUUAUUGCUUCUAUUAAAAAACACUUAUUAUUUGUUAAAGUAUGAUUGUUUGUAUUACCAAUUAUCCAUAAUUUUUAACGACGAAUCAUUAUGGUUUUAAUAAAAAUGAUUUUUUUUCAAUUA